GGUUUUCGUUUCGUUUCUUGAUCGUUCAUGCUCCUUUGGAGAGAAGAGGCAUUGAUUGCGGGCGUGUAGAUCGGUGCGCGGCUCAGCAAGCAAGCAAACAGCAUCACCACCUUCCUUUUUUUUCUGUGUCAUUUUUCGCUUCUUUCUCUUUUUCGUCUUCUUUUUUUCCCUUGUUCUUGCUAUCCGUUUCUUUUCCUUUGUGUCAAUGUUUCAGCCAAUACUAACCUUCCAACCUAUCGUCACUCAUUAACAACAAAUUCGAAACUCUAUCACCCUAUCCAACUAAACGAAACGUAUUCACCGAAAAUCCUCAUCACUUGAACAAUUCGGCAAACAAAGGCCCUGCCAAUGAUGGCUCCUCAUGGCUCUCACUACCGCGCCUAGGCUAGUUGGAUCCUUUGUCUCUGUAGCUGCAGAACACCGCACGAGCCCAUUUUCGCGCAGAAAGGCGGUGCGCGGCCGAGACACACGUCACUUAUUGGGAGAGAAUUUCUUCAGGCUCCAGUAGCCACUUCACUUUGACCAACAGCGAGGAGGCCCCCCACGAAAGGCUGUCGACAUUCAAAGAGGAGGGGAAGGAAGGUGCGGUUUGAAACACGUUGGGGUUCUACAAUAUCUCGGACAACGCAAAUAUUGUGGUUACCUCGGUCGUGUGCGCGAGCCGCCCCCGAAUUUCAGAGCCUUCCUAUUUUUUCUUUGCUUCUCGCAGCAUCCCCCGCCACCCGCUACCGACGUCAGCCUCGCCCUCCAUCCUCCUCUUUUUUGCAUUGCAUUGCAUUGCAUUGCGAGCUCCGAGCUUGCUGGAUCCUUCCUUUUUGUCCGAAGCGGCGCUUUGGGAAGAAGAAAGGUCCCCCCCCACUGACAACAAAGAGCUCCGGCCCGCCUAAAUACCUAAGCUCUCCUAACCGAACGUCGCUGCGUCUGGCUUGCGAUACACGACGUUCGUUUGCCUCGAAUUUCCAACUUACACAAACGCCUAUUGCUUGCCAACAACAAACUCAGCCAGUCCUAGGCAAACAUCAGACGUACCCUCGUCUGACGCCAAAGACGAGGCGAACCUCAUCUUCACGAUGGGUGAGGCUCAUCUCUUUCAUCAGCCGACGGGGCGCUUGCUCGGCUCGAGCCGACAUCAUGCGUCCAGCUCAAUAUCAUCCAUCGGACAGCGCGCUACCGACGACCUGCUCUCCUCCAUGACCCCUUCGACUGCCCUAGAUGCAUUCCGCAACCCCACCGGUGCACUCAAGAAAUGUCUUGACACGGCUACAGCCGCAGAACAGUCAUUUGCCUUGGGAGCUGCCAUAGCGUCCAAGAACAUCUACGACUGGUUGACUGAGCUGUCGGGAUGGGUCUGGCCAACUGAUAAAGAUGGUUCUUCGGGGUUCGACCCGGCGGCAUCUAGGGCGCGGCAAAAACGCGGCUCCUACUAUGAUGAUGUCGCGGACGAGACCAGGGCUGAUGAGAAUGAGGAUCUUAUAGGGGACAAGGCGUGGCUGGGAUGCCUGCAGGCCAGUGAUGUUGUGCAUUACGAGCAGCGCCUUGCUUCAAUACAAGCCGAGCUGGACGAUAUGGAUAUUGAAGGCAUCAAGCGGCAUGUGCUAUACAACCAUAUCUUGCCCCUGUCAAGGCCCGGCACACCCAUGUCCGCCAGGUCCGCAGUCUCAGCAACAGGAUCAACAGCCUCUUUCUACAACAAAAUGGACGAUAUAACAGCUCUCGUCACUGCUACAGUAGUACAAACGCUUCCAAAUCUUUCACGCCUAGUACGACUUAUGAGCAGUUGGCGUGUCCGGCUUCUCGUUCUGCGGAGGGUGCCGAUGACAUUGAAGCUCCUAGACGAUGCGGAGAUUGCACUCAGGUCAGGGUGGAACGUUAUCAAUGCCGACAUGAACAAGAACUCAAGUUUGGCUGCAACUGCGGACGAUUCAACUGUCAUGCCGCAACGUCCCACGUUGCUCCGGCAUGACUUUGAGGUCAUCAAGUCUGUGCUGGGUCAAAAGACGGCACAGGCUGGUCGUGCAAUCGAUUUCAUGCUGGACCAGCUGGAUGGUCGACCAGAGACUGUGCCCUCUGAAUGGAUCGAUCGUAUGGAUGGUCUUGAAAAGGGGUAUGGUGACUGGAUAGCCGUCUGCGAGAAGAUGAUGACAGAUGCAGAACUCGCCAAGACCGUUCGGCCCAGACCAUCGGUCCAAAUACUCGACCAAACUCCUGAUGACUCUACCAAGAGGCCAACAAGCUCAGCUUCUACCAUGACCACCGUGAUCACCAGCCAUGAGCAGACCGAAACCCCACCACUGACCAAGGUACAGGCAAGAAAUAGCCACAUAACCGAAAUCAGCCCUCCCAGUUCACCACCCUCGAUGAGUCGACACCAGCGUGCCAGAUCUACCUCGUUUACCGACAUACCUCCGCUGUUGGAGGAAGACGAGAGUAUUCUAGAAGGAACGCCGCCUAAAUCACCACUCGAACCAUCCUUACUCGAGGAUUCCGAGCCGGAGACACCACAGCAGCUGCCUCAGAUCAGGCAAGACCACGCUGACGAGCUCCAGCAGAAAAUUAGUUCGAUUCUAGGCUCGAUUCCGGCGAAGAUCCACUUGUCAUCACAGCCCAGCCCUAUCAACCACCUCAACCCACCGGAUUUGCAACUGCCACAUCUCAACACCAAAUCGUCAAGGCACUUUGACCGCAGUUCCACGCCAAGAAGUCAAUCAAGGAGCCAGUCGGCAAUGUCGACAAGAUCCUCUAGAGCCGGGACACCUGCUUUCCUAUUGGCGCCUGCAUUUGCCAGAACGACCAGAUCACGGAUGCAGAGAGACAUUCAAGUCUAUCAUCUAUCGCGUGAGUCGACUGGCGAGCCGCCGAUCAAGCUUUUCAUCAGGCUGGUCGGUGAGAAUGGUGAUCGAUGCAUGGUGAGGGUUGGUGGUGGGUGGGCAGAUCUUGGAGAGUAUCUCAAGGAGUAUGCCAUUCACCAUGGCAGGCGAUCAAAGGGCGGAAGCGCAAGCAAGGUUGAGGUGAAGGACAUUCCAACCUCUAGCCCUGGUAACCGGCCAUCCUCGGCACUAGAUUCGCCCAUAACGCCCCUGCACGUUCGCAAGACGCGACGCAGCUUUGGCGGCAUGGAUGAUAGUGCCUCCUCGGCGAUGCGACAGGCCUUCCAGCCCAAAACACCGCUUUCCGUUCUCUCUGUAGACUCGACUGCCCACGCCGAUAACCAAUCCCACCAAAUCACGCCCCCUUCAGAAUCAUCAACAAGAUCAAGAUCCUCAUCUCGCCUUAGCUGGGCCGAAGAAGACAGCCUGCUCGGCAUGUCAGGCCCAACUGGCAAGCAGAUCGAGCUUGAUGCCGAGAGGAAGGAAUGGAUCGAGAACGUUAAGGAGAAGGUGCGCAUCGCUAGCGGUGAGCGCAGAGUUCCUCCUACAAGCGGCGGAUCCCCGGGCGAGACCUUCUUUGGCGAGAUCAACAAGGUCGGAGGUACCAAGCGGCUCUUCAGGAGGGGGAACCAAUAGCAGUUGACCCUACCGAGAGCUUGACCGAGUACCCUCGCUUCAUGAUUUUCGACACGGCUCGGGCUGAGUUCGUCACUGAACUUUGUCGGUUACACCGAGUAUAAAGCACCACACUAUAUGAGCAUUGGAAGGAGUUUUUCUCACGUCUUUUCCCUUUUGUUUGUUUAUUUUCUUCGGCAUUUUAUUUUAAUACCUGGUUUCGGCGUCAAUGUAGCAGAUACCGCCAUCUGGCCACCGGCGAGAUGUGCAUUGUUUUUUUCUUUUCUUUUUCUAUUGUCUCUUAUUUUAUUUCCACGGCACUGGCGCGGAACGGCACAUAUACCUUGGAGGAUCAUGCUAUACCCAUACUUUGGUCGGUGUCUUGGUUUAUUAUUUCAUUUUAACUCUUUCCAUCCCUGACUCCCAUGUAUAUCUUUCGUGCUGGGCAGGAUGCAAGUGCGCGUGUAAUCUAUUGACACGCAUCCAAUACCAAAUAACCUAUUCAUAACCCGCA